UUGUAGCGCUCCCAGUGGUCACUACCCCAGAACCCUGUGACCACGCCUCCUCCCUUGAGAAGGAGGCGGGGUCAUUCCCGAGCUGGGCUGGAUGGGGUGGGGCGGGGCUGUGCCGGGCGUUCCCGCGCUACAACAGUGACCGCGUCACACGAGGAGGAGGGGACCUCUCGGCCCAGAAGUGCCAGUUCUUUGCCCGCCCGGGCGCUUGGACUUGGACGGAAGGCGAGGACCAGGCCAUACCUAUAGUUUAAAUCUCACCCACCCAAACAGACACCACUCCUCAGGAGCUCUCAACUCUUUCCAAUACAGACCUUUCCUCUUAGGGCCUCAGGGAAUGAAGUCAAAUCCUAAACCAAUUAACAAAGUUAAUCCAGCCCAAGCCAGAUAUGCAAACUGCCUACCUAAUCUGUUGAUUGAGCAGGGGCCAGCCGGGACAAAGGGAGCCGAUCACAAGAAGACCGCACCUACAGGUUCACAUAUGCGAGUACACAGUCCAAGGCGAUAUGGGAUCGUGCUUCCCUCAGGGGUCCUGACUCUCACCCUCCCAACCUGCUCCUCCGGACCAGCUCCCGUCCUGAUGUUCAAGACCGUUCCUGGGGCGCUGAGAACAGAGAAGGUUGCUUCUUUUUUUCUUUGAUGGAAGCCUUAAUUAGACCUCUGGACUCUAGGACAGGGAUGGUAGGAGUGAAGGCUCCUCCCAGGUGCCCUAACUCAUCUCUGGACUCGGCAAAUCAGUGGAGUUCGAUCAACAGUACUCUGGAAAGAACUAUCUUGUAUCAGGCAUCAUGUUGCUGCGGCCCUGCCCCCAGUACUAACUACUGCUACUCUGGGUUGCCCCCUCUCAAGGAAUCUACCAGCAGUCGCCUGCUCUACACCCUUAUACAUGUGGGGGCCUCUGCUACCAGCUGCCUCCUGCUCUCCAGAACCGUCCUGGACACCUUCUGGGGCAAAAUAUUGAUCCCUUCUGGGCUGUGUAUCACUCCCUCUGGGCAGAAUGACUGUCCAGUACCAAGUGGCUCUGGGGCUGUGUAUCGAAUAUGUGCUGGCACAGCCACCUUCUACUUGCUGCAAGCUGUGAUCCUGAUUAAUGUCAACUCUUCUACCAGCCCCCGGGCUCGGCUACACAAUGGCUUCUGGCUCCUAAAGCUGCUGGUCUUGCUGGGGCUCUGUAGCGCUGCCUUCUACAUCCCAGAUGAGCACAUCUUUCCAGCAUGGCACUAUGUGGGUAUCUGUGGAGGCUUCGCUUUCAUCCUGUUGCAACUGGUGCUCAUCACAGCUUUUGCUCACACCUGGAACAAAAACUGGCUGACAGGGGCUGCCCAAGACUGGCGCUGGUUUGGGGCAGCGCUGCUGGCCACGCUGAUUUUCUACAGCAUAGCUGGAGUAGGAGCAUUCCUUCUAUUCCACCACUAUACCCAUCCAGCUGGCUGCCUGCUCAACAAGGCUCUACUCAGCCUGAACCUUUGCUUCUGUGGCGUCCUCUCUUUCCUCUCUAUCACUCCCUGCAUCCGUCUCAAACAACCUUGUUCCGGUCCCCUACAAGCCUCCAUCAUUAGCUGCUAUAUCAUGUACUUGACUUUCUCUGCAUUAUCCAGCAGACCCCCAGAUAGGGUGCUACUUCGAGGACAGAAUCGUACCAUAUGCCAGCCUAGUGUGAGCAAAGUAGGGGCACAGACACCAGACACCUCUUUGGCCAUUCUGAGUGCUGGAAUCAUGUAUGCCUGUGUGCUUUUUGCCUGUAACGAGGCUUCCUAUCUGGCAGAAAUGUUUGGCCCUUUGUGGAUGGUGAAGGUUUACAGCUAUGAGUUACAGAAGCCCUCCAUUUGCUUCUGCUGCCCAGAUAAUCUAUCACUAGAGGAAGGGCCUAGUGGAGAGGAGACAGGUUCAGGUGCACCACAAACACCUCAUCGACUCUCCUACAGCUACUCUGCAUUCCACUUUGUCUUCUUCCUUGCUUCACUCUAUGUUAUGGUCACUCUCACUAACUGGUUCAGUUAUGAAGGGGCAGAGCUGGAAACCACAUUCACAAGAGGCAGCUGGGCUACUUUCUGGGUCAAGAUCGCUUCAUGCUGGACCUGUGCACUACUCUACUUGGGACUGCUGCUGACUCCAGUUUGCUGGUCAGUCACUGGACACUCUCAACCCACCCGUGUUAUACACAGACGUUGCCGUCGAAUCCACGUCUCUACCUAGGCUGGAGCCUGUCAGCUGUUCUGCCCCUAACAGUGCUGGGCUGAGGAAGAGAAUACAGCCUAUUUAAAAAAAAAAAAAAAGAAAGAAAAGAAAAAGAACUUUUUUCUUUCUUUCUUUUCUUUUUUUAAAGCUAGUUCUAUCCUUUGGAGCUAAGAGCAGAAUAGUGAACACUGUGGGUAUGCUUGUUUUGGGAUGAUGGACAGGCCCUGGCCACAAUUUGGUCCAGGAAGGGAGGUCCCUAAUUCUCUGGGCCAUCAGUUCUUGGCAAAGAAUUGACUCCCCAGAGUCAGCAGCCAAACACCUGCUAUCCACCCCCACUUAACACUUCUCAGAUCUCUCUAGCUGGAAGAGAGGAAACUGGUCAAUAAUACUGGGGGAAGGGAAAUGGUGAGAGGAAGGAGAUAGAGAGACUGAAAGAAAAACAGAGAAAGAGAAUGACAUACUGUCCCACUUUGGACAAAGGAAAGUAAAACUGGUUUUGGAAUUAGUGAUAUAGUCAAGAAUUAUAGCCCUCAAAAGCAUGUUAGUUUCUCAACAAAGUCCUAGGGCUAAAGUAUGGGGGGCAGUUUUGCUAACCUUCAGUUGUGAUCUUGGGGAUAUUCUCAUCCUUGAAAAAUGACUGCCACUGAAGGACAAACAUAACAGAUGAAGGAGCAAAUUAAUAUUCUACUGACCUGGCAGCCUGAGAAAAAAGGAAAACGAAAGCAACGCCCAGAAAAUUACCCUUAGAUAAUUAACCUGACCUCUCUUUUGCCUUGAGCUGAUUUUAAGGAGCUGAUUUAGGAGGGGAGAAAAAAGUCAAAAUACAAGAAAAUAGGAAAUGAUUUCAAGUUUUAGGGUUUCUCAGGAUUCCUCCAUACAGAUUUCCUCAAUGUGGUUAACAGAAAAUAAAGGUAGCUUUUAUAA